AUGUAUCUCCAUCUGACCCGGCAUAUCUGGGAUGUAAAACCAGAGUGGACAGAACAAGCACUCAGGGUAAACAUCAUCUUCGAAAUCAUGUACCCGGUCGGCGUGACGCUGACCAAGGUCUCCAUCUGCCUCAACUACCUCCGCAUCUUCCCGAUGCAGACGUUCAACGAGUGCUUCUGCAAGGGCGCCAUCGUCUACUCGGCGUGCUGGUGCAUCAGCACCGUCGUCCCGCAGAUCGACCAGUACGUCGAGUGCCCGCCCGCGUCCAACACGCGCGACCGCAUCCGCAUCCUCCGCGACUGCAUCGACCAGGAGGCCUUCCUCAUCGCCACCGCCGCCCUCAACAGCUUCAGCGACCUGUGCAUCUUCCUCUGGCCCGCCCGCUACGUCUGGGGCAUGCACGUCCCGAGGGAGCAGCGCUGGGGGCUCAUCGCUUUGUUUUGCGUCGGAGUCGUCAUCUCCAUCGCCGGCGUCCUCCGCAUGUGGUUCUUCGCCAUCUGGUUCCACUCCACCGACCCGUACUGGGACGGCGUGUGGAACUACGUCAUCCUCGCCGUCGAGACCAACGCGGGUUUCAUCUGCGCCUGCCUGCCGUGCUGCAAGCCGCUGCUCGUCCGCGCCUUGCCCUGCGUCUUCGGCAAUGUCAAUCACGCGGAGCGCCGCUCUCCUCAUCCUCCCCCUCCUCAUCCUCCUCCCUCCCGUGGGAAUGGUAAUGGCCGUCGUCGUGGUGGGGAGGAGGAGGAGGAUGCAGGAAGGGAGGGAAGGAGAGGAGGAGGAGGAGGGGGAGAGGAAACGGAAGCGGGAGAGGGACCGUCGCCGCUCGACCCGGGGUAUUGGCGGGUGGUGAGGAAGAAGAGGAGUAGUUGGAGCUUGUGGGGGUGGGGGACGGCGUCGACCGGCAUGACUGCCACGCUGUCGUCGACGAUGACGGGUUCGCGGGAGGAUAAGAGAAGGAGUGGAGCGGCGGCACAGGGCGGCACGGGGCUGUUGGGCAGCGUGGUGGAUGGCGGUGGGAACAAGAGCGAUACUGUGAUCUUGAUGGAUGACCUUGGUGGUGGCGACACUGGCUAUUGCCAUCGUACGGACACGGUGGAGGGGGAGCAGGGCAGUAUCGUCCUUGCUGACGACGAACAUGAGCCGCCGCGGCUCAGGGAGACGGGCGAUGCAGCGACGGCUGGGGCAGUAGACCUGGAACUUGGCUUCGUACGGAGAAGUGGUCGUUCAUCGCCAUCGAAGUAG